UUUUCAGUGUGGUACAGCGCAUGUGAAAGGCUACCAUGGCUUCGUGGAACCUUCCCGGCCACUAGAGACUGGCAGUCCCAGACUGGCUCGACACAACUCAAACUCCCCAGUCCCGAUCACAAUGGCACCCCUCCGCAACAUCUUCGCCGUGACCCUCGUAGCCUUCGUAGCGCUUCAAUCUUCGGCCAACGCCGCCACCUGUACAGACGACGAGCAGUCCACCAUUGACAAUGUGUACACUGAGCUGGCCAACAGCACUGCGUGCGGGGAUCUGGUGGCCGACUCGGGCGUGUCAUCGCUCGACUACUGCCAGAACAGCGACUGCCUCGCGGAGCUCAGUGACGCAGUGGAUCAGCUGCCAGACUGCACAGGCGAAGACGAGCUCGACCGCAAGACUGGACUGCAGACGGUCAUCACAUACUGCGCCAGCACGAACGAGGUGCUGGACCAGUCAGCGUCAGCCAGCGGCACAGGCAGUGGAUCGGUUGUAUCGGGUGCCUCGAAGGGUGUCAUGGCUAUGGGCGUCGUGGUAGCCCAGCUCUCAGUCGCUCUUUACUUCUCGGGAUUCUUGUGAGUUUCGACUUGCUGCUAGGACCAUUGCAUGAACGGUGACGAACGUGGGGCCGUGUGGAUAAUGCUUUUUGCAGAGUUCUAGUACGAUCGUUACUCAAUUACACUAAUGCCUACGAAUAAAUAAAAAUAACACCCACAAUUUGUUACCGUUGCAUUCCAAUGUCACUGAGCCGAUGAGUGCAGAACGGAGGUCAACUUUCGACUUCUCGGAUGAAUGUCAGAAUUUGUGAGCAAGACAAUCGCCUUUCGACCGUGGAAACCUGGAGGAUGUUCCUUUGUAGUGCCGCCGGCGAGAAGGUUGUCGUACAGAUAUAUGCUUUCCAGUUAGAAUGAACAAGUGCUGCAUUAGGCGUCUAAGUCGGAUAACUUCCAUAACUUCUAAUUCCACC